UGGUGCUUUGGGCCCUACAUCAGGUACGUUCGACUUCCUUAUCACAUUGUGCAAGCUGACGUGUUCGAUCAAUAGUAUCUGCACUCGUCGUGUCCUCGCUGGUGAAUUACAGGUUGUAUGCUCGUGAUUACUCAAGAACCUCGUCGACUGUGGGCUCUGCAAUGACAACAUGAAGAACAUGAUCAUUGCUCGCAAUGGCUCCGUCACCAACAUCUCCAGCAUACCAAAGUUUACAAAACCAUCUGGGAGAUCUCGCAGAGGAAGUCGUCGACCUUACUGCCAACCGUGGAGCAUUCAGUCAGAGCUUGAACAUUCACUUGCAGUCGCCUACCGUAGGCCAGUUGACGAGUAUGGCUAGAAGAAGGGCUUUGAGACCGGCAUGUACUAUUUGCGCACUCGUCCUGCGGCGCAAGCAAUGAUGUGCUCGCUAGAGAACAAGGAGGCCUGCCUCACGUGCUCUGGUUAACGGAGGUGGUAUGUGUUGGUAUCAUGCAUUUCUUGUUGUUUGUUACCCGCGUUUUGUUUAUAUGCUGUUUUGCGUCUGAAAAUAAAUCCUUUGUAUACUUUGGCAGUUUCAUUUUAGUUGGUGGU